AUGUGUACAUACACUUAUUCGUGGUACAUUUGCAACCACAGCUACUACAUCUGGUCCGACACCAUUGAGAUUUGCACGAAUCGAUUCUUGUCCAGUUACUCCUACGAUGCUUGGUCAAUA